UGAUACUUUUUACCUUUCAUGCUGUUUUACAAGUAUCGCCUCCCUCAAAUAACAUUAGAGGUCAAACAUCAAACCAUAGUUUUCAACCUCACGAAGAGUCCUUCAAUGACAGUAGUGCGAACCCAUUUGUCUGUCCCAAUUUCCCUCCAACUGAAAUGGAUGAAGAAAGCAUCCGACGGGGAGUUGAUGUACAAUUGGCCAAUGAUACAUUUCAAGAUCAGAGAUGUUCUAAUGAGACGGAACAGCCAGUUCCAGAUAACAACCUGCAUUCAGUGAAUGAAACAGCCAAGGAAAGCUACUUGGCGAGCAUGUCAAGGCAAGAACCUAGGCAGCAUGUUUCCCAUUCAAAGUUUCAUCCUGCUGACACAUGCGUCAUUGAAAUGGAACCAACUGAGGAUGAGGUAACUAUGCACAACAUUCAGCCGGUUUCAGAUCACAACCUUCACCCAGUGAAUGGAACAGCCAAGGAAAGCUACUUGGCGAGCAUGUUGAGGCAAGAACUCGGGCAGCAUAAUAACCAAAAUGUUAUCCAUAUAGAUCCUAAUGCUGAUGAAGAUUGUAGAAACCGACCACCAGAGAACCAACCUCAAGGUAUUCCUCAUGGAGGUAGUAUUUGGAUUCCAGCGCGUUGGUGGUAUCGUCAUGGAGGUAGGAUUUGGAUUCCUGGUUGGUGGGAUUGCGUAUAUAAUACUUGCAGCUUGGACCAAUUUCUGAAUGGGCUGUUCCAAAUUUUUCGUUUCCGACCACUCCUGCAGCUUUUGGAAGAACUAGCAGGGAGAUUCCCCGAGUCAUAUAUGCAUCUGUUGGUUGCAGUCCGUCUUUGCAUGGAAGGACGCUCUACAGUAGCAAAAAUCCACCUGUUGCCAUAUGUUCGUGAUAUGGAGGGCAGUGAGGGAGAGAGGGUAAUGCCUCACAUUGAGCGGCAACUUUGUCACAGGAUCAUCAGACGCUGUGAAGGAUGUCACGACAGUCCUGCAAGUCAACUUGUACUGUAUAAUAUCUAUUUGAGCAUAUUUAAUCUUUCAACAGGUUUCCAAGAAGCUUUCAGGUCCUACUUUAUUCGACAUGGAGAAUGCCGUCGGGAAGGGUGUGGCGGUCGAACAAUCAGCAAUGUUAUAUUUGAAUCAGGAACUCCCCCAUUGAUCCUGGCAGUGAACUUGAUCCCUCUACAUCGUCACAUACCAAACAGUCAAAGUGUCAAUGAUAGUGAGAUUGUAGAGCUGUUUGGAGAGAGGUAUAUGAUGUUCCUCUUCACAUUUUUUCGACCUGGAAAAGAGGAUCUUCACAUACAAGGGCACUAUAUGUCCCGUGUCUUCAUACCAGAAGGUAGAACAGACUGCGUAGGCAGACCAGCAGGAAGAUGGUACGACUACCCGAACAAUCAAUAUGGCGAUCUCGACCCCUGUAAAACAGACCAAAGGGAUCCUCCUGGAACAUUCCCAAGUUAUGUCUACUUCAUUAGACUUCCUGCUCCCUCUGAAGCUGCCCCUUGUACUGUCCAGGGGGAGGAGGAGAGCCCACACAGUGAGGACAAUGAAGAUGAUGGCUAGUAGACUAGCAUUGUUAACUGUUCUGUCUACAGUAAGGUGUAUAGCUUUACAUAUAACCAAGACAUGUUUUCCUCAAUGAGACUGAAGGAAGAGCCCCUUAAAAUUCUGCAAUUGUGUUUUUCUGUGGAAUUUGAUGGGCUGUUUGAACUCUUAAUGUUUGUGUGAUAAUCCUAGGCCAGAAUGACCUGAUGUUGACUGAUUCAUUAAUUACAGUCGAUAAAUUAUAGACCCAUGAUUAAUUGGAUAAUGACCUGGACCAAGUUGCUCAAAGUUUGAUCAACUAAGAAAUAUUAUAAAUAAUGAAAUUGUUUUGGUUAACUAUUAUGAAGCUAACCAUGCUUUGAAAACUUAGUCCUGAAUGUUUCCAUCUUCCUAAUUCUAGGUGCUAAUUCUACACUUUACCAUUUUUUGUGUAAGUAUAUUGAUAAUACUUAAGCAACAAGACCUUGAACAAAAAUAUUUGUCGGUAGUACAAACCACAAAAUAAAUAUAAAUUUCUGGUUGUUGUAGAGGUCGCAGGAUCACAAUUCAGAUGUUGGGUCAAGGUCAAGGUCACUGUAACUAUCAGCGCUCUAGCGGCUUCAUUCCUUGAGGGAUUUUUUAACACCAAAGGGCACCAUAUAAUUUCGAUUUUGGUUCCGGUCAUGUGUCGAAUAUUCCUGAUAACUCUCAUAUGCAUGGACAUUUUUAUGUACCUGCAUUCAUUCACUUCUGAUCUUUACUCGUGUGUCUUAAUUGAUCAAUUUCAUGAUAUAUUUAAUUAUGAGAAUACCUUGAACGAGUUCGUGUUUAAGGUACCAAGAUUAAGAUAGUUUUUACUAUAAAAUGAAUAUAGAAUUUUUAUUCAUCAAAUCAUUUCUGCAGUGAUUUUGAUCAGACUUGGUAAUAACCUAACAUAAAAGUACCUUGUACAAGAAUUUGUGUUACUGUCAUGGUCACAUUUUUAACUGUGUUCUAAACUCACUUGAAGGAAGUUUUAAUGUCAAUUUAAAAUUUGUAUGCCCCCGCCAUAAAAUGGGGGGGAGGGGGGGCAUAAAGUGUUGUCCAUGUCCGUCCAAUGACAUAUCAUGGUAAACUGACAUGGUAAACUGACAUAUCAUGGUAAACUGACAUUUGGUAAAAUGACAUAUCAUGGUAAACUGACAUAUGGUAAACUGACAUAUCAUGGUAAACUGUCAUGGUAAACUGACAUAUCAUGGUAAACUGACAUAUGGUAAACUGACAUAUCAUGGUAAACUGACAUAUGGUAAACUGACAUAUCAUGGUAAACUGACAUAUCAUGGUAAAAUGACAUAUCAUGGUAAACUGACAUGGUAAACUGACAUAUCAUGGUAAACUGACAUUUGGUAAAAUGACAUAUCAUGGUAAAC